CUUAUCGCUUACACUUCUUCACUCGCUACCCAUUACGUGCUCCGCUGCGGCUGCGUCAGUUUAAUGAUUUUGGUGAGCUCGCACUCGCUAAAACGUACGCAUCAAGACGAAGUCAACGGCCAGUACAGGUAAAUACUCGUAAACUCGCAGCAGACGAAGACGACUACAAUCGGAAUAUCGAUGCGAACGCGCGUUCAACAAAGCAAUUUGCAGAGAGCUGAAAAUUUUUAAUUUUCUUCUGUGUUGUAGAAACCCUUAAGAUAUGCAAUGUAAUCAGAAAAUCAGAAAAAGUGUAAAAAUCAAAGUUAAAAAAUACAAAUAACUUCGAAUUAGAAGCACAAUUGCGGAAAAGUUUAAAUAAUACUGAAAAAAAAAUUGCAAUUUAACCGCAAGUAGUUCUGAACAGUUAGUUUCCUUGCGGACGUCGUACAUUUUCGCAAAAUACGGAAAAGUAAUAGACAGAUUGAAAAUUUAAAGUUUACGAAGUAACUAAGUGAAAACCUAUAGAUUUUCAACAGCUUUUCAAGCAGUGAUUAAAGGGACUUUGCUUUUUUUUUUCUUCUUGAAAGUACUACCAACUUCGGUUACUCACAAAGUCAUUCGUUGGCGAAGGGAUAGCUGCGACGCAACGGACAAUUGAAAGUGUGAUUCAUACAAUGCUUGCGACCUAAAGGCGUCGCAUAACUGUGAGGGUUUACGAAACAAAACCACCCCCACCAAUAGCAACAAAACAACACUAACACCACCAAAGCAUUUUGAAGUUGUAGCAGCGCACGAGUACGAGUAAAACACGCUGGGAAUCAGCGGCGUAACGCUACAACCACUUAGGUGAAUACGACGACGACGACUACGACUUCGACGGUACCGUUAUUGCUUUGAGCUAACGAAAUAAUAACAAAAACAACUGCACACAUACGCUGGCAGCUGUCGCAAGUUGAUAACUACCCAGCUUAACAGUAUUUGUUAGUGUAUGACAUAUUGGAAAAAUCGAUUACGUUUGUGGAAUUUUUGAAAUUCAACGCGCGUAAUAACAAAUACUCGCGCAUAUAAAAGUCAAAAAAAUUCUACGAAAUUAGCAGUGAAAACAUCUGCAAAAUUUUUAAUGUUUAUUUCUUGUGGAUGGAGUGUAAGUGUUUAAUGUGAAUUAUUCGAAGAAAUAAAACAGUCAUAAAAAGGCGUCGUAAUACUCAGAUCUACCACUUUGAAAACAACCACAACCAGUAAUUUAUAAUUACAAGCAAGAUGGGCGACGAAUACAGCCCAGAUGUGAGCACAAUGGAAACAAUUCUUCCAGCUAUUUUGGGUUUUGCCACCGCUGCUGUUCUCUCCGCAGUCGCGUGCGUUUGUGCCAAGCAAAUACGUCAACGCAACCGCAAACAGAAUCAGCAUGACUCCUCUUUCCCAUUCCAACCGACUCGCCGACCAACAGCUGUGCGCUCACCAAGUGGACAACCACCACACUAUCUCAAAAAAUCACCCUCACCGACAGGCACCAAGCAGUUAGGCAUUUUGCAGCCAAUGCAGGAUCAAACCACGUCACCGAUUGCACCACAAACUAUGAAAUAUGUUGAGGAAGAUGAGAUACAACCACGCCACAAUCGUCAACUGAUGAACGGCGAACAAAAGCAUUCACCCACUAUCGAGACACAGGCGACCAUUGUGGCCAAGACCCAGGGCAACAAUGGUAAUAAUAAUAGUCACAACCACUACCAUCACCAUCAUCUAAGUGCAAUGGAAGAUACUGGCAAGGAGUUGAAUAUCGAACAGUAUGGCAAAUUGGGCACCAUCUAUUUCAAGCUACGCUAUUUGGCCGAACGCAAUGCACUAAUGGUCUCGAUUAUACGUUGCCGCGGCUUGCCUUGUAAGAAUGGUGGUUGUGGUGGUGGUGGUGGUUCCGGCGUUAGCGGUGAUGGUAGCAGCAACAACGGCAAUAGCAACAAAAAUGGCUCAAAUGGCUGCAAUGAUAUACCGACUGGUUUGAAUGGUCGUACACAAAUCGCCACCGAUCCGUAUGUGAAGCUACAACUGUUGCCCGACAAACAGCAUAAGGUGAAGACUCGGGUUGUACGCAACACACGCAAUCCAGUCUAUGAUGAGGAUUUCACAUUUUAUGGCUUGAAUAUUAGCGAUCUACAGAACAUGUCCUUGCAUUUUGUCAUACUCAGCUUCGAUCGUUAUUCUCGUGAUGAUGUCAUAGGCGAGGUUGUCUGCCCAUUAUCGUCCAUUGAAAUUGGCGACAUAUCCAAAGAAGCUCUCUCCAUCAGCAAGGAAAUACAGCCACGUAGUUUGAAGAUACGGGCUCAAGGACGUGGCGAGCUAUUGAUUUCGCUAUGCUGGCAGCCAGCCGCUGGUCGUUUAACUGUUGUGCUGUUGAAGGCGCGUAAUUUGCCGCGCAUGGACGUUACCGGUUUAGCUGAUCCGUACGUGAAGAUCUAUUUACUAUACAAUGGGCAACGCAUUGCGAAGAAGAAGACGCAUGUCAAGAAGCGCACACUGAGUCCAGUAUUUAAUGAAAGUUUCGCGUUCGAUAUACCAGCAGCAGAGGGUACCGGGGCAACGCUCGAUGGUGUUUCACUGGAGUUAAUGCUUUUAGAUUGGGAUCGGGUUACCAAAAACGAGGUAAUUGGCCGAUUGGAAUUGGGUGGUCCAAACUCUGGUGGCACUGCAUUGAACCAUUGGAAUGAAGUAUGCAAUUCACCACGAAGACAAAUUGCCGAAUGGCAUAAACUUAACGAGUAAAGGAACAAAAAUAAAAAAUCACAAAAAGUAAACCAGAAAUGGUAGUUGAAUGUAGAGAGGCGCUUUUCUGCAGGGGAGACAGAUUUUGUACUGAAAAUAUAAAACCUGCACAUUUAUCUGAAAAUACAAAUCGACCCACAACUAAUACAAGUGUAGCAUUGGCACAAAAGCCAACGAACGCACCAAAUCCAACACAAGUGAAAAAUAGUAUUGACAAAAAAUAUAACGGAAACUGCAAAGAAAAAAGUAUUUAUUGCGUAAAAUGCAAUGUUGCAAAUAAUUUGAAAAAUAGUUUAUAAAGCAAAAAAAUGUACUAACCUAUAAUUUUAUUAUAACUAAGACCAGUUAUGCAUAAAUGAAAAGCAACAACAAAAAUUGAAAUGAAACAACCAGCAAGGCAUAAAAAAAAGUACAUUUAGAAAAGUGUGUGUAAGUGCACACACACCGGUGUAGAAAAAACCAACGCGCACUUUCAUACACAUAGAAAGAAAUCAUACACACACCCAAGUAUAAAAAAAAUUGAAAAUGUUAUUUAAUGUGGGGGGAAAUGAAUUUUAAAUAAAAAGCAUCUAUAUUUAUAGAGAAGAAGGCAGGCGGGGAUGGAGUUAUAAGAGAAGUAUUUCAAUUAUAUAUUAGAUAAAUUUUAUGUAAACUAAUAUACCACCACACAAACAUGUACCAUAUGUGUAGAAUGAACGCCCUAGUAUAUAAAUCUCAAGUAAAGCGCAAACUACGUAUAAAAGCAGGCUCAAACAUUUUCUUAUGCAAUAAUGACACUCUAAUGAGUUAUUUAAAUGAAAUUCCAUACAUAUUUUAAGGUUUUGUAGUAAAAUGCCCCUUCUUAUUUAUAUUUUUGCGAAGUAAUUUUGUUAGUAAAAAAAAGCAGCAAACAAAAAAUGGAAAAAAUGUUAGUCAAUUUAGUUGUCCACUACUAUUUCAUCUUCAAGAAGGGCGAAAUAUUUAUCUUUUUUUUGCUUGUCUUUAUGUUAUUUCUUUUUAUUUUAUUUUACUGAUUAUUUAUAUUUAAUUAUGUAGCUUUUUUCACGCUGUGUUAUGUUUUACUAUAUUACUUUGUUUGUUAUUAUGUUACUUUGUGUUAUGUUAGGUUAUGCUAAACUGUAUUUAUGGUAUUAUUUUAUUUCGUGUUAUGUGGUUAUUAUUACGUUUUGUUUUGUAUUUUGUGAUAUGCCAUUCUUUGUGAUGCCACGUUAGAGUAUCUUAUUUUUUCUUAUAUACAUUAGGACAUAUUCUAGUAGUUCCUCGGUGGAACACAGGACCUCAAUAAGGGCCGCAAUAAAGGCCUCUUACACUGUUAUUAUUUUUUUUAUAUUUCAAUACUUUAUUUUAGCUGUUUUAGGUUUCUCAUUUACUCACAAUAAACAUUACUCUGUAAAUAAGUGAUAUUAGUUUAAAUUUAAAGAAAUUCAAUAAUCUACACACAUAUAUACACCUUGAGAUACUCAUUGGGAAAAAUAUUCAAACCGACAUUCAUUAUACACACUACAUUCAAAAUAUUAUAUAUGUAUGUACACAUAAGUACUUAAGUAAUGUAACCAAGUGUUUAAGUCAAUAUUUUUUUAAAACUUUUAUAUUUUGUGUUAUUUACCACUGAUUUAUGUGCAAUUGUUUGUGUGACACUGAAAAAUAAAUUGAUUGCAUCAAAUCAAUUACCUUAACUGAAAGCUUUUUGAAACUUUGUUUAUGUAUAAAUAAUACAAAAUAUGAAAACACCAAAUGAACUUAUAAAAUUGUAUAGAUUAUUUGUAUAUGUAUUUGUGUAAAACAUUAAAUUAUACCACACUAUUAAAUUAUAUAGUAAAAACAAAAACAAAACUAAGGAAAACUUCAUAAAUAACAUUAUGCACAUGAAACAGUAUACAGGAGACAAAUAGAAUUGGGAGGGCAGAAUUAACGUUGCCUCGAGUAAAAGUAUGGACUGAGUUUAUACGUAAUAUACCUGUAUAUGUGCAUUCAUUGCAAUUUAUUUUUGUAUAAAGAACAACAAAUUCAGCAGGUAGAGCUUUAUGACAUCUGCACAGUUCAAAAUUUCCCUAAAUACUUCCGCGUAUACGAUUCGCCGUCAAUCUUUGUAAUUCAAUCAAUGCAAAUCUUUCGUAUACAGGUGAAAAAGAUAUAUUGUCCGCUAGCGUCAAGCGAAUUCUUUUGCUAAUUAUGAGAGUUCUGUUUUACGUCUGAAAGAUAUUUCUGUUACGCUCAAGAGACAUAUGAAAAUAAUUAUAAUAACACACAAAUGUGUGUGCAGAGAGACUAAUUCCCUUUGUUGAUUCCCAAUGCUGAUGCAGAUGUGAAAUAGAAACACUUUGGCAUCUUAAAAUUUGCUUCCGUCUUGAACGGAAUACCUUUUUAUGUGAGAGCAGAGCUUUUCUAUAAGUUUUUCAAAGUGUUCUCAACUUAUUAGCCGGUGCUAAUAAAGCGUCAGAGAGUAAUAAGCACAUUCUUAUACACAUAUACACAUUCAUUUCGAUUUAUUCAAAUGCAACUCACACAUAGAACAUGAAAAGUGUAUGCGUACUUAACAUUUCUCAAUAUACGAGAGAGAACCACAUACUAUAUGCAAAAAAGUUUUUUGUUGUUUAAUACACAUGCAUCAAAGAUUAAAAGGCAGAGUUGUAUCCUUCAACUGUGCAGAACAAAAUCGUGAAGAAAACUUAUGUAAGCUUAAAAUGUAGCCAUAACAGCUGCGAGUGUGCAAAGCCGAAACAGAUACCGAACCGUAAGCAGUACAAUAAAGUGAAAGUAGAGUAAAUAAAAGAAACUGAAAAAAUAUAAAUAUAGCAGAUGUGCAUAUAUUAUUUGUAAAGAUAAAAUAUGUUUGUAUGUAGUCUGAUAGUUAUGUUAAGAUUUGGAAAUAAUAUUACAUCAUUCGAAAAGGAGUUUGGGGAUCACAAUAAAUAAACGAAAUUAAGUAAAAUAAAGUAAUAUAAAAAGAUAAACUAAAAUAAAAUAAAUUAAAGCAAACAGUUUAAUAAAAUAAAAAUAAAAAAUCAAUUGAAAAAAGUAAAAUAGAAAAUAGUAAAAUAGUAAUAAUAAAAAAUAAGUAAAUAAAAUAAAAUAAAAUAAAAUAAAAUAAAAUAAUGAAAAUCAAAUAAAAUAAAUUGAAGAAAAUAUUUCAUAAAAUAUAUGUAAUAUAAAGCAUAAAAAAAGUAAAACUAAUAAAAUAAAAUAAAAAAUUAUUGUAAAUAAACUAAAAUGAAACGAAUCAAAGAAAAUAAUUUAAUAAAAGGGAUGCCAUUGGAAUACCCAUGGCCACGAGUAAACUAAUAAUAAAAAAACCACAUUAUCCAAGAGGCCCAUAGGUCAUGGAGAAAUGAAGUUACGUGACUAACAGCCGGGCUAUUAUACCGUAAAUAAAGAAGAAGAGGACAAAGGAAUUGCUUAGCCUCUCAAGAGACAAUAUCUCGAAGGUUGUGGCUUGUUUAACCGGUCACUGGCUAUUUGGCAGACAUUCCUCGAGACUAGGAGUUUUCUCCCAUGAAUAUUGCAGAAGUUGCAGAGAUGAGGAAGAGGAAGAAACAGUUGAGCACUUCCUUUGCAAUUGUCCAGCCCUAGCUAAAAUCAGAGCAGGUUGUCUAGGUAAAUACUUUUUUAAUUCUCUUACAGAACUGUCUGGCGUGGGGUUGGCAUCAAUACUACGUUUCAUAAGAGCCACAAAAUGGUCCCACGACGGAAGAUGAAUGAGGUUCCCGUGUAUCACAGUGUUAUCACAACGGACCUGUAAGGUCUAAGUGAGUUGGUCGUGCAGACCGACUACCACCAUGACCUAACCUAACCUAAGGGAUGUUGAAAGAAGAAAUGAAAAACAAUAUAUUUAUAAAUCACAAUAAAAUAAUAAACUAAAAACAUGAAAACAGUAAAAUAAAAAAUUUAAUAAAAUUAAAUAUAAUAAAAUAAAAUAAUAGAAAUGAAAUAAAAAUAUUGGAGAAAAAUAUUUCGUAAAUAUAAUAACAAAUUUAGAUAAGCUAAAAUUAAAUAAAUUAAAGGAACAAAUUUUAUAAAAUGGAAGUAAACAACAAUUAAAUAAAUUGAAUUGAAUAAAUAUUUUUCAAAAAGAAAACGUAAAAUAAUAAAAAUAGAAAAGUAAAAAAAAACAAAUAACGUAAAUAAAAUAAUAAAUAUAAAAUAAAACUAAAUAAAAUAAAGUGAGCUAAAAAGCAAAUAAAAGAAUAAAAUUAAAUCAAAUGAUAUAAAAUAAAAUAGAUGUAGUAUAAUACAUAAACAAAUAAAUAAUGAAAUAAAAUAAAAAAUUAGAUAAAGUAAAACUAAUUGAAUUAAAGAUGACAAAUUUUAUAAAGUGGAAGUAAAAAAUGUAUAAAGCACUUAAAUAAUAAAAAUAAAAAAUAAGUACAAACAAGUAAAAUAAAAUAAAAAGCAAAUAAUAAAUAUAAAGAGCAGCUAUAAAUAAUAAUUUAAUAAAUUUAAAAACAUUUUAUGAAUUUAUUAAAAUAAAAUGAAAUGAAAUUAAAAGCAAAAGAAGAAUAAAAUAAAGUCAAAUGGAAUAAAAUAAAAUGAAACCUAAUAAAAUAAAGAGAAACCAGAUUAGAAAACUAAUAAAAUGGAGGAUUGAAUGAAAGUUUCCCCACUGUACACAUUCAGAGUAAUCAAAUUUCAAAUGAGUAACCAAAUUAUAAGCACACAUAAUAUAAGAAUUUAUCGAAUAUUGCAUACUCACAUGCGUACAGUACCCUGUCGAAAUAUUAAGAGCGUCUGGAAAUUUCAACUUAAUAAGUUAAGUUGUGUAAGAUGUAUAAAUAUUCAAAGAAGGAACUGCUUUUAAAGACUUACUUUUUUUAAUUUUUUUCCAGCAGAACUUAAUGUUAAAUAGAAAAGCAUUUCGAUAAAAGUCUAUACCUAAAAUACUUUCCACCGAAAGCGCCAUUUAUAAAUGCACUCUUCAUGACAAAUGUCUUUUGGAAAAGUUUCAUUAAAAUGAAGAACUUAAUCAUUACUUACUACUCAGCCAUUCUUUGUUACCAACCCAUGCAUCUAUGUAAUCGUUGUAGAAAAAGUACAUUUCUAGGCGACAAAAGGCUGCAUUUUCUGCUAUCCUUACAGUGAGGCUGUCUCUUGCAGACUACCACCCAAACGUUGCUGGCUGUAGAAUAGAAAGAAAUCUGAUUUGUUUUUGUUUUGUUAAGUUAUGUUUUUUUAAUUUUUUGGUAGUAUACUGUAUAUAAUUUCAAACAUAAUGAAUACAAAAUAAUGUAAAUACACCUACAUUCAUAUAACUAUAAGUAAAUUAAUCACAUAUAUGCCAACGCCUGCUGUUAACUAAUUAGAAACGAUGACAAAAGGAAAACCAAAAAAUAUAAUUUUUUUGUUUGCAUUUGUGAACCACUCUUUCAUUAUUAGUUGGACAAAGUUACAUCCAACACAUAACCUAUUUGACAUGUUUAAUGCAAAAAAUAAAAAACCUGCUUAGUGUUUGAAUUGUUUCAGGAGAGUUGAAGGCUCAAUCGGUUUUAUUGGUGUAUGUUCAAGUCAACGCACUCUUGAAAAUCACAUUUUCUUAUAACUAAAUAAGUAUACAUGUACCUUGGAACUAUUAAGUUUGCAGGCACCAGUCUUGAAAAUCUUAUUACUUUAAAAUGUGCAUUUUUGUUUUAAAGUACCAAAUUUCUUUGAAUGUUUCAAAAAAAUAUGUCAGCCUCCCAAUUUGAGUUAUACAAUUAUUCCAAUCAUAUCCCCAAAAAAAAUUGUUCACCUCAUCAGAAUUUUGAGAAUAUUUGGCCUUGCGUCAACAGGUAUGAGUGAGAGAGUAAGCCAAAUAGAUCGAGACUGUUAAUAAGUAUACUCGUACAGACUUUCACAUACACACUUGUUUUCGAAGUAGUAGUUCAUUAGCGCCUCAUUUAAUACGCUUGUGCAGCAAAAUGGUAAUUUACAUUUAUGUAAGUUUACAGUUUUAUGUUGGCAAUUGCUGUUAGUUGCCGUACUGAAUGUAAAACAUCACUGAACAUUUUUUUUUAUUUAUUUGCAUAAAAUAUAAUAAAUAAUUAAAUUAUUAAAAAGCAGCAAAAAUUAGUAUAGCGCUCGAAUAAAUUUUGAAUAAGUAAAUGUAAUUGAAAUAAAUAUUUUAACAAUUUUAAAUAUUCACAAUUGACUCGGAAACCAAAGCGCAUUCCUUAAAGGUGGUGGCACUAGACCAACAACAAUGUUUUGUACAUUUGAUUGUCAAAGUAGAAAAAAAAAUUCGCUUUCAUUCAUUCGCCUUGUUUCAUUCUGGGCUGACAGCCACAUGGACACGGCGAAAGGAGAAAAAAAAACAAAUCAGUUGAUUUACCGAUACCACCUUCAACAGAUUAGUCUUGUGGGAAACGUAGCUGAAAAGCAGCGUUUUGUAACCAGCAUUUUCUCUAAAUCAUGAGGCGGUUAGUACUUUUUCGAGACUGUAUCUUGAAUCGCCGUGUGAAAUCCACUCCAACUAGUAGUCUCUUUUCUUCUAGUAAUUUCUUCUCAAUUUACAUGGUGCCAAGCCAGUUUAAAAGUUACUCUUUGGCGUCAAAGAUAAUUUAACAAAAUAUGUAAAGUGACGUUAUGAGUUGAAUACAGUUAGUCUUCCAAUCAGUCGAUCACACGCCAUUAAUUGGCUUGCGUAUAUUACCAACGCCAUCUCAGUUUUUGCCGAUCUCUGUUAUAAGCAAGCCGCUUCUACGUACCUUGUUACGGCAGCAAAUCAGCUGGUCCCUUCAAAAUCGCUGAGACCCGGUUAACGGUCUGAUGUUGGUCACACUUACUGUAUUUUCUCUACUGUGGUGGAUCAAUUGAUCAAAUCUGCUUUAUGAGAAAAUGUGACAUUGGUUUUGCUUUGGGGAGUCAUAGUAAAUUGAAAACUCCAAAGCCGGUUUCUGCGAUAUCUUUUUUACGUUCCCCCAACGAAAGUGCAAUAUGUAAUAAAAUUUGAUCAAGUAGCCUACUAGUCUAAAAUAACAAUGUAAUGAAAAAAUCUAUCAAAGUCGUCAGAGAGAUAAACUCAAUAGUCCAACUCGGGUGAUGCUUUAGUUAACUUCACUUUGCGUUGAUUUCUACAUAUAUCAGUAACUGUUAAAUUAUCCGUAUUUCGAAAUUUUUAAAUUGGUACACAACUCUACAGAGGCGUUCUAGUUCCGAACUAGUCGAAAAUUCCACAAAUUACUGGUAUUUUAACCUUCUCAGUUAGCCGUCCAUUGUGGCUAUAAUGUCUAUGUGGCUCUGCAAUCUAUCUAUUGAAGCUCCGUUACAAUGGUUUCCUGAAUGCAUUGCUGAUUUAAGCCUGCUGAAGAAAAAUUUAGUAAACAUUUCAGUUGAUCGUACACAUCGUUUCUAAUUAGCUGACUAUAGCUGUACUUGUAUACCAGCACAAGUAACUUUUCAGCUCUCUCAAUCCAAUAAAAGCUUCGCGCGUCAUUUAAGGUUAAAUUAGAGGUGCCAUACAGCAAUGCCAUAACCUUAGCGGUAGUCUUAACCACAGCCACGAGCAGCUGAUAUUUACGCUCAUAUAUAAUAUUAUCUUUUAUUUGAUCAUUUCGAAAGUGCAGAAACUAAAGAAAAGGCAGCAACAUGAGCAGUGACACGGAAGCAGUCAUUUAUUCAUGAAUCUCUUGCGCUGGAAAGACCUGCAACGCAUGUCGACUUGUAAUCUGCUCUAGACUAGAUACGACGUGCAAUGUGCGCCUGCUGAAUUAACUGUAAAAAAGCAAGUUGUUUAUUUCGAAAAGCAAAGCAAAUUCCAAAUACUAGGAAAUAUUAAUUUUCAAAAAUUCGGCUGGACAUUGCAGAAGAAAUUCUAGAAAAUGUUAAUAUUCCUGAAUUCCUAAUACGCGGAACGAUUUAGAUAACACACCAUUGGGUUUGCAGGCAAAACAGUGGGGACAUUUCCCAAGAAAAAUUCCACGAAGUAGGCGAAAAUCUCAACGAAGAUGUCAGGUAUGCGCGAAACAGAAUAAGCACAGCGAAACUGUAUGGGAAUGUGAGAAAUAUCUUGAUGCACCGCACAUUCUCGGUAGAUGGCUGUAGUGAUCGAUACGAGCUUUAAAGUACCCAUCAAGCAAUUUAAAGUUUAUGCUCGCUGUCAAGAUGGCAUUUCACGCUAAAAAAAUUAUUUUACUGUUUUUUGUUUGUUGCAUUCAGUUGUGAAUUAAAAUAAUUCUUUAAUAUACUAUUAAUUUAAAUAUUGUGCGUAUACGCAUUUUUAAUAGAAAUUAUUCCAAGCAAGAGCUCGUUAAGGUUGCUCAGGAAUGCCUGGGAACUCUAAAUGAUAUUAUCACCGUCUUCACGGUCAACCUUCUAUGGGUUCCGGGAUAUAGAGAAAUUGCACGGCCGAUGAGCUAGCCAGAAACGGUACUAAUCUUCCACUGCUUGAAAACAGAAGCAAAUUAAGGAUGCAAAAUAAUAUUCUCCACAAGGCCAAUAGGCCAUAGAGAGACGAAAACAGGCUAGAUAAAAAAUGUCAGGAGAAUUGCUCAACCUCUCAAGAAAGAAGGUUGUUAGGAAAAUACUCUUUUGUCUCCAUUACGGAACUAUCCGGUAUUGGGAUAAAACCUAUCCAAAGCUUCAUAAGAGCAUGUGAAUAGUUCCAUGAUGAAUAUGUAAACAUUGAAGUUUCCGUGUUACAGAGUGGUACCACAACGGAGGCACAUGGUCCAAGUUAGUUGGCUAUUUAUAAAACCGACUGGCACGAAAACCUAUCCUAACCUAAGAGCUCGUUAUAAGUCGACGGCUUUUGAAAAUUAAUUUCCAGCGCAAGAGUUUAAUAUAUCGGCUUUAUAAUGCAGCAAAUCGACAAUCAGCUGUUUAUGAUAACGGCGAAAUACUCAAAUUCAAGUGGUCUGUACGGUUACGCUUAUGAUUGUCACAGGCUGAUUAUGUCAUGUCACCGCUAAUCGAUUACAGUGUUGCGCAUAGGUUGGUGCGAUCAUUGGUGAUGACAUUUCUAAUUCAACCUUUAACGAACUUUUUCGCUCGAACUUUGCCCUGUACGCCGUUUGCUUUUAGUAAAAUAUAAAAGCUCUCUAUGCCAGCGAUUUUUAAAUGAAAAAAAAAUCUGUAAAUAAGCAUACUAUGUGCUUGUACAAAUACACACACAAAUAAACGCAUAAAAAUAAUUGUAUUUAGAGAGAACUUUAUUUAGAGCCUCAAAACUAAAUUCAAAAUAAAAAGAGAAACAAUUCAUACUUGACGAAAAAUGUGAGAAACUCUCUGUGAUUCAGAGAGAUAAUGAGCGGAGCUGCAAGAAAUAAUGUUACUUCAAGGAAGGGUCUUAAACUAAGCAUAUGGGAAAAAUAGGCAUUUGCCUUGAAUAAAAUAAAAAAAUUGAUACAUACAAAUAUAUUUAGAAGCAUACAAUGGAGAAUAAAUAGGGAAAGAUGUCACAAAAGGAUUAAGCAAAGAACGACGCUUCAUGGUCGUCGUUCGUUUCUAUCUCAACUGUUAGAUGUAAAUAAUGAAAAGCUAUUUACGCGGCUGGCAGAUGUGUGUUUGUAUGUAUGUAAACCUAUCAAAGCAUCCAAAAAUGUACUCAUUGCUAUAUACAACCGCUUGUACUUAAUAAGUAUAGCCAUUAUGAGUAAAUUAAUUUAAACUUCAUUUAAGCAAAAUAAAAAAAAAAAUAUAUAAUAAAUGAAUAACCAAAUCAAAAAAAUAAGAACAUAAAUGCAUUCCAAACAAAACAAAACUAAAUAAAACUAAAAACUGAAUAUAUUGUAUGUGGCAGCACAUCACUCGACAGCGCAUAAAUACCUACAACAUUUAUGCAACGUACAUAUGUACAUGCAUACACAUUUAAUGCAUUAAAUUUUAAAUAAUGGUGAAGCAGUAAAUGGAUAUUAAUCCCGGGGUAAUAGGCGGUUAAUCCAACUACUACACACAUACAUACAUAUAUAUAUAAAUAUAAAUGAGUAAAUAAAAAAUUAAAAAACUAACAAAAACAAAACAUCAUAUUGUUAUUCGUAUACGUAUAUAUGUAUAUGGUACAUAAAAAUUUUAACUUUGCGUAGCAAUAAAAACGUAAAUAUUGAGUACCAUCGUGGCCGAAUGGGCUAGUUAGUGACUACAGGUUUGAAUCUCCGCCCAUAAAAUACCAACAGGAUCGCAGCAGUCAAAAAACAUAUUUUCGGAAGGACAGCGGAUUUAUCUGUAACUGGGACAUUUUUUGUAGUGUCACUAAAACCGUUCAAAGCGCGUACUCAAAUCUCUUGGCAAAUCAUUGAGUCUUGUGUGAUUGAUCGCGCCGAAUUCGAUGCAUUUCCUGGCUAAAAAUUUGCCAUUUUGUCUGCGAAUUA